CUUGAAAGAAAUUAAUUAUAUUUCUGUGAUAUAAAAAUAAAAUUUAUCUAUAAAUAUGAGAAAACGGGAACUACAAAGUAUAACUCUAAAGCUUUCAGAGCUAAAUGAAUACGAUUAUGUGAAAAUCGAGCGUACAUUAGCAAAAACUGAUGAAAAGCCGGGAAGUACUGAAAAGGAAGAUGGAAAACAGUCACCUAUAGCAAAUGUUGGCCCCAAAACAUCUAAAGAAAUAAAUGAUCGCUUGAACACCACUAUGUGACUGUAAAGAGCUCAUAAAACUUUAGUCUAUACAUAAAGUUCUAUUUAAUUUUAUGCUUAU